CAAGCAGUGAACCUGGAUAUGGAGCCCUUGUGGCCUGCUACCUCAUGUCUGUUGUGUAAUGCUUCACUCUCCAGUUUUGGAGAGUGGUCAAGGAAGGCCUCUAGGAAGAAGCAGCCGCCUGUGGCAGGGCAGAGCAGUGACACUCAGAUCCAGCUGAUCCAGGUGCAUGCGCAAGAGGCAGUCCUCACCCCCCACGCCACCCCGGACCCUGCUGGCUUCAAGCUCCCCAUAGGCAGCUGUCUCUGGACAGAGGGAGGGGGAAGUGGCCAAAAAACGAGAAGUUAAGAGAAGUUCCUGUCCGGCUAUACCCAGUCUCCUCGGGACUUCAGAACUGUUGUGGCCAUGGAAUCUGUGGAGACACCUGUCAAGGACGGCCUCCUCUACCAGCAGCACAUGAAGUUUGGCAAGAAAUGCUGGCGCAAAGUGUGGGCUCUGCUGUAUGCAGGAGGCCCGUCGGGAGUAGCUCGGCUAGAAAGCUGGGACGUUCGUGAUGGUGGCCUGGGGCCAGGAGGUGACAGGCCCGCAGGGCCUGGCCGUAGAGGGGAACGCCGGAUCAUACGCUUGGCUGACUGUGUAUCUGUUCUGCCGGCGGAUGGUGAGAGUUGCCCCAGGGACACUGGGGCCUUCCUGAUCACCACCACUGAGCGAAGCCACCUGCUGGCUGCACAGCACCGCCAGUCAUGGAUGGACCCCAUCUGCCAGCUGGCCUUCCCGAGUACCGGAGAAUGUUCCUCAGGAUCAGGACAGGCUGAGAGUCCAAAAAGGGGCUUUGUCCCCAUGGAGGAAAACUCCAUCUACUCCUCCUGGCAGGAAGUUGCUGAGUUUCCGGUGGUGGUGCAGAGGACAGAGGCCACCACCCGCUGCCAGCUGAAGGGACCCUACCUCCUGGUGCUGGGCCAAGAUGACAUUCAGCUGCGGGAGACUUCCAAGCCCCAGGCCUGCUAUAGCUGGCCCUACCGAUUCCUGCGCAAGUUUGGCUCUGACAAGGGUGUGUUCUCUUUUGAGGCUGGCCGCCGCUGCGACUCAGGAGAGGGCCUUUUUGCCUUCAGUAGUCCGCGUGCACCAGACAUAUGUGGAGCUGUGGCCGCAGCCAUUGCCCGUCAGCGGGAGCGUCUUCCAGAGUUGGCCAUGUCCCCACCCUGCCCCCUCCCUCGGGCCCUCUCCCUGCCUUCCCUAGAGCCCCCUGGAGAGCUUCGGGAGGUGGCCCCAGAAUAUGAGCUGGCCCCUUCCAGAAAGCUGCCUCUAACUGAUCCUGGACCUCAAAGCCUACCCCUGCUGCUCAGCCCCACACAAGACGGGACAGCCUCCAGUCUCUAUGCGUCUGUGUGCAAGCAGACCAGCAAGCACAAAGCCACCGUGGAGCAUCUCUACGAGAACGUGUUCAUGCUGGAGGCCAGCCCUGGGCUGUCCAACGGGGGUCCUGAGGCCCAAGAGGGCCCUCCUGGUGGCCGCAGCCCCCUGGGCAGCCCCAUCUACCAUAACAGCGAGGAGCUGAGUUGGCCUGGCUCGGCCCACGACAGCAAUCUGGAAGCCCAGUACCGGAGGCUGCUGGAGCUGGAGCUCGAUGAUGCUGGAGGCGCCGGGCGUCCUGGAGCACAGACAGGCAUCAAGGCCAAGCUGGUAACCCUGCUGACUCGUGAACGGAAGAAGGGCCCCGCCCCCUGCGACCGGCCCUGAAGGCCCGUUUGGCCUCAGCAGGGCAGAGGUGAUGUCCUAAAAAAACAUGAACAACUUUUGACCUGCAGGGACAAGCCAGGAGGCUUAGUGAGGAGCCACACUCUGCCUACCUCCUUCCCUCAGACUGUGUACAGAUUGACCAGUAAUAAAGCUUGCCUAUCAACUUCCCCUCCGUCCCACCUGCAGCCCACAAUCCACGCUCCCUCACUUUCCCCUGGAUCCCUGUUGGCACACAGUACCCUUGUGCUCAGUGUAGCAAACGCCAGGCCUCGGCUGGACCCUGAGCCUGGCUUCAGCCACCACUGGGCUCUGUGUGGUUCUGUGCAGCAGGGAUGUCAGGCAGAGGGAGUGUGAGGUAUGGUGACAGAAGUGCUCCAGAACUGAGUCAGAAGGGUGGGCAUGGCCCAACGAGGCAGGCUGUGCAGGUGGCCUUUCCAGGCUCAGGACAGUCUUUCACAGACCUCAUGGUGCCUGCAGUUAACUGGGUCUCAUCCUUGGCAAAGCGACUGUUAGACUUGGCAGGGAACCAUAGGAAUGCUGGAUCUGAGGGGGUAGAAGAAGACAGAGCAGCUAAGCUGUGGUGAAGGUGCCGUGCAGAGCGGGUAGGGGGUGAGGGACAGACAGGAGGCCUAUCGCUCGCUCGUUCACACCCAAAACGCUCAUGGCUGAUGGGACUCAGGCAGUCAGCAGACAUAUCCGGGGAACCCCUGGCUGUUUCAUCAACUAGAAAGAAACUAAAAAUGUUAAGAUAAAGUCAUAUGGGAAGGGAGUCAGAGCUCAGUGGCGUAGGACCUACCUAGUGUGAGGUAGACCCUGGGUUCAGUCUUCAGCACCAUACAUACAGAGAGAAGAAAAUACACAGGCUACAUUACUCAGGAGGCAGAGGCAGGUGGAUCUCUGGGUUUGAGGUCAGCAUGGUCUUCAUAGCGAGUUCUAAGCCAGUCAAAGCUACAAAAUGAGAGCAUACCUCAAAACAAAUAAAAAAAAAAAACACUCCCAAAAGAACCCCACAACACCAAAAGACUAAACUAUAUAUAUUAGACCUAAUUCUCCUAAUCUCUCUUAAGAUUUUUCACUUGAGGGAUUGGGGAUUUAGCUCAGUGGUAGAGCGCUUGCCUAGGAAGCGCAAGGCCCUGGGUUCGGUCCCCAGCUCCGGAAAAAAAAAAAAAAAAAAAAAAAAAGAUUUUUCACUUGAGGUGAGGUAGGGCGUUAGAAAGAUGGCUCAGCAGUUAAGAGCACUGGCUGCUUGUUCUGCCAGAGGAUCCAAGUUCAAAUCCAUCUUUAAUUCCAGUUGUAGGGACCCAAGUGCCCUCUUCUGGCUUCCAUGAACAUGCAUGUAGCACACAGACAUGUGUGCCCUUAAAACAUCCAUGUACAUAAAGAAACAAGUGAAAACAACCAAUUUUUUUUUAACUUUUGUUGAGACUGUGGGUGGGGCAAUAGCUCGCUGACUAGAGAAUGUGUGAACCCACAUAACAGCUGCCUUGAGAUGCUACCUGCAACCCCAGCUCCUGGGAGGCGGAGCCAAGAUCGCAGUGGCAAACUGGCAAGGCAGACUAGCAGGAAUCAGUAAGUCACAGCUUCAGUGACUCUGAGCAAGCAGAAUGCGGUAAA